AUUUUUUAUGUAAGGGGAUUUUUUUCUUAUUGGGGGGGGGGUUGUUAAAAAAUAAAUAUAAGGGCGGCCAUCUUUGUUUCUCUGCCUUGUAGUGUAAAAUAUUCCAAAACGCCCCCCACUUUUGUGUGUCGAUUUGAAUAUUAAAUAAAUUUCAUAAUUCGAGAGGGAUACAUUUUUUGUUUUCGUGCACCGGGUCGGUGGACAGGGAUAUAAUGUCAUCUCCUCUCCGGGUCUGUGAGGAAGACGAGGGCAUGGUGGUUAAUUCCGAGGGAGGAGAUUUUGAUGAAGAAGAAGACGACGGAGACCUAGACGAGAACGCAAGCGACAUAAACUCGCCGGCGGCGCCUAGAGAAACUGCAACGCGAGCCGCGCCAGAUGACUGCGACGAAGAGGGAGAUGUGUCCGACCGGGAGGGGACGACAAAAAAAAAGCGAGGCCCCAAGAAAAAGAGAGAGACAAAAAAGCGAGACAAAGAGAAGGAGGGGAAGUCAACCAAAGUACGAAAACACAAGAAGAUUGACAGCGACGUAGAGAGAGACUCGGACAGGGAGUAUGGAGAGAACUCCGACAGCACGGCCAGCGACUUCGCCGGCGGUGGCAAGAAGAAGAGAAAGAAGCACAAGGAGAAGAAGGAGAAGAAGAUCAAGCGCAGGAAGAAGGAGGAGGGUGACAACAACCAGGAGGAAACGCCCAAGCCGCUGGAGCAGAAAACCUCCGCACAGCUGGCAAGAGACUGGGGCCUGGAGGAUGUGGAUCACAGCUUCAGCGAAGAGGACUAUCGCACGCUGACCAACUACAAAGCCUUCAGCCAGUUCAUGAGGCCCAUGAUCGCCAAGAAGAACCCCAAGAUCCCCAUGUCCAAGAUGAUGACCAUCCUGGGGGCCAAGUGGCGCGAGUUCAGCUCCAAUAACCCGUUCAAGGGUUCCGCUGCUGCUGUGGCGGCGGCCGCUGCCGCUGCCGCUGCUGCUGUCGCCGAGCAGGUCUCCGUGGUGACCGCCUCCGUGGAACCCCUGCCCCAAGCACCCCCUCUCCGCAAGGCCAAGACCAAAGAGGGCAAAGGCCCUGGGUAUAAGAAGCGCAGUAAGAGCCCUCGGGUGCCCGAGAAGAAGAAGACCAAGGCCAAGAAGAUGGCCCCACUUCGCAUCAAGCUCGGAAUUAUGGGUAACAAGAGGAAGAAGAGCAGUUCGAGCGAGGACGUGGACGAGGAAGACUCCGAGCAGGAAGAUUCUAGCGUCCACAGUUCCUCUGUCCGCUCUGACAGCUCUGGCCGGGUCAAGAAGAACAAGCGUGGUCGUCCGGCUAAGAAGAAGAAAAAAACGGUGAUAGGGGAUGAAGAUGGCGACGGCUAUGAGACAGACCACCAGGAUUACUGCGAGGUCUGCCAGCAGGGCGGCGAGAUUAUCCUGUGCGACACCUGCCCCCGAGCGUACCACCUCGUCUGCCUCGAGCCGGAGCUGGAGAAAGCCCCUGAGGGCAAGUGGAGCUGCCCCCACUGUGAAAAAGAAGGCAUCCAGUGGGAAGCGAAGGAGGAGGACUUUGAGGACUUUGAGGAGGAGUGUGAUGAAGGGGGUGUGGUUGAGCGUGGGGGCGGGGCCACAGGAGGGGAGGAAGAAGAGGACGACCACAUGGAGUUCUGCCGGGUCUGCAAGGAUGGUGGCGAGCUGCUGUGUUGUGACUCUUGUCCCUCAUCCUACCACAUCCACUGCCUCAACCCGCCUUUGCCUGAGAUACCCAAUGGGGAGUGGCUGUGCCCACGUUGCACGUGCCCCCCGAUCAAAGGCAGGGUGCAGAAGAUCCUCCACUGGCGCUGGGGCGAGCCGCCACCCCCCGUGCCUGUGCCCCCCGCCCCGGAUGCUGACCCCCAGCAGCCACCCCCGCCUCCCAUGAAGGGCCGUGCCGAGAGAGAGUACUUUGUCAAACUGAUGGCCCAGUCCUACUGGCACUGCACCUGGAUUACUGAGCUCCAGCUGGAGAUCUUCCACUCGGUGAUGUUCCGUAAUUACCAGCGUAAGAUGGACAUGGACGAGCCGCCCAGCCUGGACUACGGCUCGGGCACCGAGGAUGACGGCAAGAGCGAGAAGCGGCGAGCCAAGGACCCGCAGUACGCCGCCCUGGAGGAGAAGUUCUACCGAUACGGCAUCAAGCCCGAGUGGAUGAUGGUGCAUCGGAUCAUCAACCACAGUGUGGAUAAAAAGGGCAAUUACCAUUACCUGGUGAAGUGGAGAGACCUGACCUAUGACCAGUGCACUUGGGAGAGGGAUGACCUGGACAUACCGGACUUCAAUAUCCACAAGACCAACUACUGGAGGCACAGAGAGGAGGUGAUGAAGGAGGACCCAGAGAAGCCGAGGAAGAUGAGGAGCGUGAGGAAGGACGAGGGCGACGAGCCCCCCAGCUAUCCCGUUAAUGACCCCACGGUUAAAUACGAGGAGCAGCCUGACUUUGUGACGGUGACGGGGGGCACUCUGCACCUCUACCAGCUGGAGGGGCUCAACUGGCUGCGCUUCUCCUGGGCCCAGGGCACCGACACCAUCUUGGCUGAUGAGAUGGGACUGGGCAAGACCAUCCAAACCAUCGUGUUCCUCUACUCACUCUUCAAGGAGGGUCACACCCGGGGGCCAUUUCUGGUGAGCGCCCCGCUCUCCACCAUCAUUAACUGGGAGCGUGAGUUUGAGAUGUGGGCUCCUGACUUCUACGUGGUCACCUACACGGGCGACAAGGACAGCCGCGCCAUCAUCCGUGAGAAUGAGCUCACGUUUGACGACGCCGCCAUCAAGGGCGGCAAGAAGGCCUUCAAGCUCCGGAGAGAGGCGGCCAUCAAGUUCCACGUGCUGUUGACCUCCUAUGAGCUGGUGACCAUCGACCAGACGGCCCUCAAAUCCAUUGAGUGGGCGUGCCUAGUGGUGGAUGAAGCUCAUCGGCUCAAGAACAAUCAGUCUAAGUUUUUCAGGCGCCUGAACGACUACAAGAUCGAUUAUAAGCUGCUGUUGACGGGGACCCCGCUGCAGAACAACCUGGAGGAGCUCUUUCAUCUGCUCAACUUCCUCACGCCCAACCGCUUCAAUAACCUGGAGGGCUUCCUGGAGGAGUUCGCCGACAUCUCCAAGGAGGACCAGAUCAAGAAGCUGCAUGAUCUUCUGGGGCCGCACAUGCUGCGCAGGCUGAAGGCCGACGUCUUCAAGAACAUGCCAGCCAAGACUGAGCUGAUUGUGCGGGUGGAGCUCAGCCCCAUGCAGAAGAAGUACUACAAGUACAUUCUGACGCGGAACUUCGAGGCCCUGAACUCCAAGGGUGGCGGCAACCAGGUGUCCCUGCUCAACAUCAUGAUGGACCUGAAGAAGUGCUGCAACCACCCAUACCUCUUCCCCGUGGCUUCUGUGGAAGCCCCUAAGACAGCCAGCGGGGCAUACGAAGGCACAGGCCUCACCAAGUCCUCCGGGAAGCUGCUGCUGCUGCAGAAGAUGCUAAGAAAGCUGAAGGAGCAGGGCCACCGUGUCCUCAUCUUCUCCCAGAUGACCAAGAUGCUGGACCUGCUGGAGGACUUCCUGGACUUCGAGGGCUACAAAUACGAGCGGAUUGACGGAGGGAUUACGGGCGCGCUGAGGCAAGAGGCUAUCGACAGGUUCAACGCUCCGGGUGCCUGUCAGUUCUGCUUCCUCCUGUCCACCAGGGCCGGUGGCUUGGGGAUCAACCUGGCCACUGCAGACACCGUCGUUAUCUUCGAUUCGGACUGGAAUCCCCACAAUGACAUUCAGGCGUUCAGCCGCGCCCACCGCAUCGGUCAGGCCAACAAGGUGAUGAUCUACCGCUUCGUGACGCGGGCCUCCGUGGAGGAGCGAAUCACGCAGGUGGCCAAGCGCAAGAUGAUGCUGACUCACCUGGUGGUGCGGCCCGGCCUGGGCUCCAAGGCCGGCUCCAUGACCAAGCAGGAGCUGGACGACAUCCUCAAGUUCGGCACCGAGGAGCUCUUCAAGGACGAGAUCGAGGCGGGGGACAACAAGGACGAGGACAGCAGCGUGAUCCACUAUGACAGCACCGCCAUCGAGCGUCUGCUGGACCGCAGCCAGGACGCCACCGACGACUCAGACAUGCAGAACAUGAACGAGUACCUGAGCUCCUUCAAGGUGGCCCAGUACAUGGUGCGGGAGGAAGAUAAGAUCGAGGAGAUCGAACGUGAGAUCAUCAAACAGGAGGAGAACGUGGACCCUGACUACUGGGAGAAGCUGCUGAGGCACCAUUACGAGCAGCAGCAGGAGGACCUGGCACGCAACCUGGGCAAGGGCAAGCGCGUUCGCAAGCUGGUCAACUACAACGACGCCGCACAGGAGGACCAAGAUAACCAGUCCGAGUACUCGGUGGGCUCCGAGGAGGAGGACGAGGACUUUGACGAGAGACCGGAAGGUCGGAGACAGUCACGGCGUCAGCUGAGGAAUGAGAAGGACAAACCACUACCCCCCCUACUGGCCAGAGUGGGGGGUAACAUUGAGGUACUGGGCUUUAACACGCGUCAGCGUAAAGCCUUCCUCAACGCCGUGAUGAGGUGGGGCAUGCCGGCCCAGGAUGCCUUCUCCUGCCAGUGGCUCGUCAGGGACCUACGGGGCAAGAGCGAGAAGGAGUUCAAGGCGUACGUUUCCCUCUUCAUGCGGCACCUGUGUGAGCCGGUGGCCGAUGGCUCAGAGACGUUUGCGGACGGCGUCCCGCGGGAAGGCCUGUGCCGGCAGCCUGUGCUCACUAGGAUCGGCGUCAUGUCGCUUGUGAAGAAGAAGGUCCAGGAGUUCGAGCACAUCAACGGCAAGUGGAGCUUGCCGGAGCUGAAGCCGGAGGUGAGCAUGGACUCCAAGAAGUCGUCCCGCGCCUCGUCCCCCGCCAUCAAGACAGCCACUCCCACACCCGAGCCCAGCUGCAACAACACCCCCUGCACCUCGAAACCCGCUACACCCUCCCCGCCUGACAAACCAGAGAGGAAUGGCAAGGACGGAGAAAAGGAGGAGGGAGAGAGCCCACUGGAGGUGGAUAAGGAGCAGGAGAAGGAGAGGAAGAGUGGCGAGGGUCCCGACUCUGCGGAGCCCCCGCUCAACGCUAAGGAAGCGCUGCAGGACCAGCCCACCGGGGAAAAGCCAAUCGCAGAUGAGGGCGUGGCAUCAGGGGAGGAGUCUAAAAAGGCGGGCAGCGCCUCGGCAGCCACCGAGGAGAAGAGGCUGGAGGAGGAGAGGGCCGAGUCCGAGCUGGCUGGGGAUACGCGGGCGCCGGCCGAGUCCCCCCCCUCCCGGGAUGGGAGAUCAGGCGAAGCGGAGAAGGCGGAGGAGGAGAAGACGGAGGAUUCUUCCGUGUCCUCAGAGACGGGCGAAAGCAAGGAUAAGCCAGAAAGCCAGGCCACAGAGGUUAAGAAAGAAGACGUGAAGGGAGAGAAGGAGACCGGGAAGGAGAGCAAGGCCACAAAGGAGGAGGUGCCCAGGGGCAAUGGCAAGGGCGAGCGCCCCCGCUUCAUGUUUAACAUCGCUGAUGGCGGCUUCACAGAGCUUCACACGCUGUGGCAGAACGAGGAGCGAGCAGCCAUCUCCUCGGGGAAGAUGAACGAGAUCUGGCACCGGAGGCAUGAUUACUGGCUCCUGGCGGGCAUCGUAGUUCACGGCUACGCGAGGUGGCAGGACAUCCAGAAUGACCCGCAGUUCGCCAUUGUGAAUGAGCCCUUCAAGACUCAAGCUAACAAGGGAAACUUUCUGGAGAUGAAGAACAAAUUCCUGGCCAGACGGUUUAAGCUGCUGGAGCAAGCCCUGGUAAUAGAGGAACAGCUGCGGCGGGCGGCGUACCUGAACAUGACACAGGACCCCACGCACCCCGCCAUGGCCCUGAACGCUCGCUUCGCCGAGGUCGAGUGCCUGGCCGAGUCGCACCAGCACCUGAGCAAGGAGUCGCUGGCGGGAAACAAGCCGGCCAACGCCGUGCUGCACAAAGUGCUGAACCAGCUGGAGGAGCUGCUGAGCGACAUGAAGGCAGACGUGACCCGGCUGCCCGCCACGCUGUCCCGAGUCCCGCCCAUCGCCGCCCGCCUGCAGAUGUCCGAGAGGAGCAUCCUCAGCCGAUUAGCUAACAAGGGCACCGAGACCUUAACGCCCCCACCCAUCCCCCCGGGACCUUACGCCACGCCGCAAAAUUUUGGGGCACCCUUCACCCCUGCCCCGUCGGGGGCCAUACCUCUGGGAGGGGCCAACUACAGUCAGAUGCCUCCUGGUUCCUUCAUAUCAGAGGCCGGCUCCUGCCUGAAGACCAAGGAGCACGACGUCCUGCAGCGCCAGCGUGUGGUGGACCUGUGGAAGGACGGCAAGUCGGAGGGGGCCAUUGGGCAGGAGCUGAGAAUGCCCAAGUCCACUGUGCACAGCAUCAUCGUCAAGUACCGCCUCAGCAACACCGUGGAGAACCUGCCCCGGAACGGGCGACCUAAGAAGCCCUGAGAGAGAGAGAGAGAGAGAGAGAGAGAGAAGGGGCAACGGAGGAGACGUGGAGGAUCAACGAGAUGAAGGGAGAUAAACACAGGAAGCCAACGAGGGGAUCAGGAGGGCUGUUUCCUCCUGCUUCGUGGAGGACGAGGGGCCAUUGGGUGGGAAUUUGGGGGGGGGGACACAAAUCGUGACGAUACGUAUCUGAGAUAAACAGCUCAGGAAGCACAGGGAGAAUCAGGGCCCUUUGAGACAGCGACGGGUCCACUGACGAUAUGGAGGAAGCGCCUGUCUGAUGGAGAGCAGAGCUUCCGAGAGGCACGCGAGGGGGGCCUAUCUGUACCGGUCUUCCAGGCUUGUUCCUUUUCUUUGCUCUUCCCCCUCAAGAGAACUAAGGCCACCCUGCCCGAAGACCCCCAGCUCUCUCAUUCCUCCGGAGAAUUCUCAUCAACUACUCUGAGCCCUGCCUCUCCCUCACACAUGUCAUGAAGAUAUGUCUUUCGCAACUCCGGGAUGUGGAAUACUGGGUUUAAAAAAAGCACGUUAUUUUUUUCAUGAGCGGCCAAACAAAAACCAACAGCUCAGCUCCUGCCUCCACUCUCCUGAAAGUGAGUGAGCCAACAGUGGACAGGCGAGUCCUCACUGGAGUGUCGUAUCACACCUAUCGCUCCACACUUGGAGACUCGAGGAGCACUGGGAAUACCAGCAAUGGGGAGUCUGAACUGGGAAGGCUAUAGAGACAGGACUUCAUAUGGAGAAAUGGCUUUGCUGUAUGUCAUCUUGUUUGACAAGGGAUUAGGGAAAUUUUGACCUCUAGUGGUGGGAAGUGUGCGUGUGUGUGUGUGUGUGAGAAAGGUUGGAGCUGUGUCGUGAUUACAGGUGUUGAAUGGUUAUGUUACUCGCACACCCACACACCCUGUCUCUUGUUAGUAAUUAGGAAGAAGCAUCGUUUACAGAGAAUGGGGGGAGGUUUUUUCCUCUAUGCCGUCUGGCCAUGGAAAGCCCGCUGGACUGUAUUGUCCUGGAAACAGCCGCCCAAUCACUCAGCCUUCAUUCCAGCCCAUAGUUCACAAGA